AUGCGUACGAUUCUGGCGCAGGAGAAGCAACGUGUAGACAAUUUCAAUUCCACUGGGUUGAUAUGAAACGAAAAAGUGUACUCAUCCUCAAGAACGUAGGCACUUUCUAAGUAGGAAAAAACCUCCUUUCUUGAGUAUGAGUACACUUUUUUCUGUCAUAGUUGAAGGAAAAACUUCUGGAUUUCAUUCCGUUGACUCCAGAAGCGUUGCUAAGUGCACCGGCGACACAACCGCUGCAUGGUCGCACGCACAUGCCGUCCUUCAGCGUGGACGCGCAGCACCCAGAAAGG